GGAUCAAAACCACUUCAGAUAAAUUCUACGGCUGGUUUUGUUUCUCCGGGAAGAAGAAGAAGAAGAAGCCACGGCUUGAUGAUGAGAAGUAAUCGAGGACUCAGAACGACGUCGGCUCUAAGUGAACUGGCUGACACGGUGGCGGAGACAGGCAAAUCGGAGAUUACGUGGCAGAUUAUAGUUGGAACUAUUGCUGGAAUCAUACCAUUCGUUGUUGCAGGUGUUGAAUUCAGCAAAAGAAUAAUUGCACAGAAGAGAUGUGAAGAAUGUGGAGGAACAGGACUUGUUUUCAGAGACAAAAAAUAUUUUCGUUGUCCUGAGUGUGGUGGGUUUCUUCCAUGGCAGUCAUGGAGAAGAUUCUUUACAGGCUGAUGUUGAUGAUCUCUGCAAAUAAGAUUUUCUUGAAUACAUUUAAAGAUUUGUGUAUUUUUUUACAAAACAUUUUCGAAGUAAAAAAAACAAACAAAUGUGUUGAAAGAUUAAGACCAGUACUAUCUAUAUCUAUCUUAGUGUUUGUGUCAUGAUA